AGGAACCCGAGAGAGGCUAGAGGAAGUCGCGGUGUCACCAAGUCCCUUAGCCGCUGAGGCGCGCUGGUUUCUGUCGCUGACCGGAGCGGGACUCCACCAGCCACGCUGGCUGCGAAUGGAGCCGAGGACUCGCGCGGAGGCGGGAUGCCCCCGAUCGGCGAUGCGCCGGGAGCUCCGUGCUGCCCUGAAAGUGGCGCAGAAACGGAGAGCAUCGUGGAGGAGAGCAAGCAGGCUGCAUCCGCCGUAGCGCUUUGUGUCCCGGCGUCUCUCCCAAACUCAGCCUUCCAGGGUGACAUAAAUAAUGUAGCUCUUGUUGAAAGUGAACAUGUCAGUGAAAAUAUAGAUAAUAGUGAGCUUUCGGCUUACGUGUCUGCAUUCAUAGAAAAGGAAGUUGGAAAUGACCUUCAGUCUUUGAAGAAACUUGAUAAACUCAUAGAACAAAUGACAAAAAAUAAAAUACAGUUAGAAGAACAGGUACUUACAAUUUCAUCUGAAAUACCUAAACGAAUUCAGAGUGCCUUAGAAAAUGCAAAAGAGUCAAAGCAAUUCCUCAAUCAGUUUCUGGAGCAAGAAACGCAUCUCUUGCACUCCAUCAACAGCCAUUUACUGGCCUCUCAGCCCUGGAUGGACGGGCUUGGGGCCAUGAUUAACCAAAUUGAAGAGAUUGAACGGCAUCUUGCUUACCUUAAGUGGAUUUCACAAAUUGAAGAACUAAGUGAUAACAUUCAGCAAUAUCUAAUGACCAAUAAUGUGCCAGAGGCAGCCUCUACUCUGGUGUCUAUGGCAGAACUUGACAUCAAGCUUAAGGAAUCAUCCUGUUCUCAUCUUCUUGGUUUCAUGAGAGCCACCGUUAAAUUCUGGCAUAAAAUUCUCAAGGACAAGCUUACAAGUGAUUUUGAAGAAGUUUUAGCGCAGCUUAAUUGGCCAUUCAUCGUACCCCCCCAGUCUCAAGCUGUUGGCUUAAAUCGACCUGCUAGUGCCCCUGAAACUUACAGCAACCUGGAGACACUCUUCUGUCAGCUUCUGAAACUACAAACCUCAGAUGAAUUACUUACAGAGCCAAAACAACUCCCAGAGAAGUAUGCCCUUCCUGCCUCCCCUUCUAUCAUUCUGCCGAUCCAGAUCAUGCUGACACCCCUUCAGAAGAGGUUCAGAUAUCACUUCAGAGGCAACCGGCAAACUAAUGUCAUGAGCAAGCCUGAAUGGUACUUGGCUCAGGUACUUAUGUGGAUUGGAAACCACACUCAAUUCCUGGAUGAGAAGAUUCAGCCAAUAUUAGACAAAGCAGGCUGUUCAGUAAAUGCAAGGCUUGAAUUUUCACGGGGUCUGAUGAUGCUUGUUCUUGAGAAGUUAGCUGCUGACAUUCCUUGUCUACUCUAUGAUGACAAUCUCUUCUGCCAUUUGGUGGAUGAAGUGCUCUUGUUUGAAAGGGAGCUACACAGUGUUCAUGGCUAUCCUGGCACCUUUGCUAACUGUAUGCAUAUUCUGUCAGAGGAAACUUGUUUUCAGAGGUGGUUGACUGUGGAGAGAAAAUUUGCUCUUCAAAAAAUGGACUCAAUGCUUUCAUCCGAAGCUGCCUGGGUAUCCCAAUAUAAGGAUAUCACUGAUGUGGAUGAAAUGAAAGUUCCAGACUGUGCAGAAACUUUUAUGACUCUACUCCUGGUUAUAACUGACAGGUAUAAAAAUCUUCCCAUGGCUUCCCGUAAGCUGGAGUUCUUGGAGUUACAGAAGGACUUAGUAGAUGAUUUUAGGAUACGGUUAACACAAGUGAUGAAAGAAGAGACUAGAGCUUCCCUUGGCUUUCGAUACUGUGCGAUUCUUAAUGCCGUGAACUACAUCUCAACUGUACUAGCAGACUGGGCUGACAAUGUUUUCUUUCUACAACUGCAACAGGCAGCAUUGGAAGUCUUUGCAGAGAAUAAUACUCUUAGUAAACUGCAGCUGGGACAGCUUGCCUCUAUGGAGAGCUCUGUCUUUGAUGACAUGAUUAACCUCUUAGAGCGCCUGAAGCAUGACAUGCUGACCCGUCAGGUAGACCAUGUUUUUAGAGAAGUUAAAGAUGCUGCAAAAUUGUAUAAAAAAGAAAGGUGGCUGUCUUUGCCCUCGCAGUCGGAGCAGGCGGUCAUGUCCCUGUCCAGUUCUGCCUGCCCGCUACUGCUUACGUUACGAGACCGCUUACUUCAGCUGGAGCAGCAGCUUUGUUUCUCCCUAUUCAAAACUUUCUGGCAAAUGCUUGUAGAGAAGCUGGACGUAUACAUCUACCAAGAAAUCAUUCUUGCUAAUCACUUCAACGAAGGAGGAGCAGCCCAGUUGCAGUUUGAUAUGACCCGGAAUCUCUUCCCAUUGUUUUCUCACUAUUGCAAGAGGCCAGAAAAUUAUUUUAAACAUGUCAAAGAAGCCUGUAUUGUUCUGAAUUUGAACAUUGGUUCUGCACUGCUCCUGAAAGACGUGCUGCAGUCGGCCUCCGGACAGCUUCCCGCUACCGCGGCGUUAAAUGAACUUGGGAUUUACAAACUGGCUCAACAAGAUGUUGAGAUUCUACUUAACUUGAGGACAAACUGGCCCAACACUGGAAAAUAAUGUGUCUUCAGAAAAAAAAUUUUUUUAAAACAAAGAGGAAGCCUGUUGGCUUUCUAAUUAUAUGAUAAAGUUCUGAAUUAAUGAAACUGGACAACUGAAAACUUUACAGAAUCAUUAUUAUCAUGGAUUCAGGGUGUUAUUAAAAUGAUGACCAUAUUUCCAGAGUCCUCUUGUUCCUAAGAAAACAAAAACAAAAACUCAUGAAAAAUCAGAAUAAUUCCACUUUCAAAUAUAAAUGCUGAAUGUGUCAUCGAGGAAAGCACAAGAGCAGAGAAAAUAAAUUAUAACCAACUUCA